AUGAAGAGGGUUGUUGGAGACAAUGCCACACUGCCCUGCCACCAUCACUUCUGGGUUGGUGAUCAUCCCACUCUGGACAUUGAGUGGCUGCUCCUCAAGCCAACUAACAGGCAGAGAGUGGUGAUUACCUACUUUUCUGGAAGAGUUUUUGACCCCGAUGAAGGAGAACGUGGUCGUGUAGCUUUUGCUGGAGAGUACUUAAAAGGCGACGCAUCUCUGCUCAUCAGUGACUUGUCACUGACAGACUCAGGAGAGUACAGCUGCAAAGUCAAGACUGGGCCACGGUACCACUGGAGUACCAUCAGUCUCACAGUGCUAGAUUUCAAAACCCCAGAGAUUGUGGCAUUGAGGAAUUUGACCAAGGACAAUGCCGGACUCUACAAAUGCACAGCCAGCAAUGAUGUGGGAGAAGAGAGCUGUACAGUGGAAGUCAAGAUACACUAUGUGAAGGGAAUUGGUGUGGUAGCAGGUGUAGUGGUUGGUGUGUCCUUCGCCAUUCUGCUUAUCUUACUCAUCAUCUGGUUGGUAUUCUGCAAAAAGGACAUGAAAAAAAAUGAAGAGGAGACGCCCAAUGAAAUCAGGGAGGAUGCAGAAGCUCCCAAAGCCAAACUAGUGAAGCCCAACUCCCUCUCCUCAUCUCGUUCUGGCAGUUCCCAUUCGGGUACCUCCUCCACCCAGUCCAUGGUGCACAACAUGGGACCUAAAUGUCAGCGUGCCUUUGUUCCUGCUGUGGCUGCCCUUAACGAGAACUGCCAGGCUUUCCCACAGUCUCCACCUGAAUGCCUUCAGAAGAUUCCCAAGAUCCCUGAACAUCUUUUGCACCCACUUUCAUGUCUACCUCUCACUCCAAACCCAGCCCCCGUCCAAAGUUCAGCCCAGGGAACAUGAAUUAUAUUGGGGCCACUG